AUCGCUACUAAAUUCCUUUCCUCCGUCCCUAACGCGUCUAGAAAACCUCGCUCCCUCGAUCGCAAAGCCGACUUCACACUCCCCUUCUCUCACAUACUAUCUCUAGGCUUCGAAGACCUAUACGAUCGCCUAAGAACCGCGGGCAACCCCAUCGUAAGUCACACGGCUAACGUAUUUACGAAGACGACCGCCCUCUUCUCCUAUAUAAAGGUUAAGCCUGCCAGUAGCGAUCACACGGAAGCUAAAUACUAA